AUAAGGGUUACAAAACUGUGGAAGAAUUAAUAGAUGACCCAGAUUUGCAACCAGACCAAAAAUAUAUAAUUAUGCAUAGAAAGGAAUUGGAUAAGAAAAUUCCAAGGUGGGAAAUGGAAUCAAUCCAUAAAUAUAUUUAUCUAACUCUGAAACAAUUAGAAGAUCAUUAUCUCGCUGAAACAUGUGGUAGUUUUCGUCGAGGAGCAGAAUUUUCUGAAUCAUUGAAUAUUGUUAUUUCACAUCCUGAUUUCAAAAUUGAUUAUGCUACUGAAAAUAAGGAUAAUUUUUUGAAGAAAUUGAUUAAUGAUUUAAAGAACAAAGGGUUCUGUACUGAUUCCUUUCUCAUGGAACCUUACAAAUACCUAGCAAUUUGUCGACUCCCUCCACUAAAUCCAAAAGCAAGAACAUAUUUGCGUCGUAAAAUUGAAAUAAGUGCCGUACCAUAUGAAAGGUAUUGGCUUACGAUUUUAGCGAAAACGGGGGAUAAAACAUUUUAUAAAUCAUUACAAAAAAGAGCACAUGAAAAAGGGUUUAAAUUAAGUGAUACUAUAUUAGCGCCAAUAGAACAAAAUAAUGUGGUUGGGAAACCAUUAAAUAUUAAUAGCGAAAAUGACAUUUUUAGAAUAUUGAAUACAAAAUAUUUAGCACCAAAAGAUCGAGAUUGGAGGAAUCCAUAA